GUUUAUGUUAUUUUCGAAUACACUUUAUUUUAUCACCUUAUCACCUCCUCCGCCGCCGUCCAAAACUCGCCGGAAAACGCCAAGUUAUCUCCGGCGAGCCAAGCAAUGUCACAAAUUCCAAGCCUCUCGCUUCAAACCGCCCCCAAAACUCUGCUUCUCCGCCAUAUUUCCGCCUCCAAGAGCUCAAUUCCCGUAAAACCCAAUUCCUUUUCUCCGAUUCCAAACGCGAUUUCGCGAAACUACCGAGAUGUCAAACGGGGCUCUUUGAUCGCCGUCGGUUGCUCAACUUCGUCUCCCUUCAUAGGGAGGGUUGGCCUGCACAAACGUGAGGGAAAUUUCACGCUGCUUUCAUUCGGCGCCGAGAACACGAUUACGGCGGAGGAUAAAUCCGAUGGCUCUCAGGCUUUGUCGGCGCUGCUUCCGGUCGUCGUGGCUCUCACCGCCGUCUCCGCUCUUUGGAAGCCAUCGACGUUCACUUGGGUGUCGCGAGAACUGUACGCUCCUGCACUCGGAGGAAUCAUGUUGUCUAUUGGGAUUCGACUCUCCAUUGAUGAUUUUGCCCUAGCUUUCAAGAGACCUUUACCACUAUCCGUUGGAUUUAUAGCUCAAUAUGUUUUGAAGCCUGCCCUUGGUGUGUUCAUCGCACGUGCCUUUGGGAUGUCCCCGAUGUUCUACGCUGGUUUCGUUUUGAUGGCGUGUGUUUCAGGGGCACAGCUGUCUAGCUACGCUAGCUUCUUGAGCAAGGGAGACGUGGCCUUGAGCAUCCUCUUGACCAGCUCCUCAACCAUUGCCUCUGUUCUCGUCACUCCUCUUUUAACUGGCCUUCUUAUUGGCUCUGUUGUCCCAGUCGAUGCUGUAGCAAUGUCAAAGUCGAUUUUGCAGGUGGUUCUUGCUCCUAUCGCUCUUGGCUUGGUGCUGAACACUUAUGCCAAACCUGUUGUAUCCGUUCUGCAACCUGUGAUGCCAUUUGUCGCGAUGGUCUGCACUUCAUUGUGCAUUGGAAGUCCACUUGCCAUAAAUAGGAGCCAAAUCCUUUCGGCUGAGGGGCUGAGAUUGGUUGGUCCAGUGCUGGCGUUUCAUGCAGUUUCGUUUACCUUGGGAUAUUGGGCCGCCAAGAUUCAACCUCUCAGGUUAGAAGAAGAAGUUUGCAGAACAAUAUCACUGUGCACAGGAAUGCAGAGCUCAACCCUAGCAGGCCUUCUUGCAACUCAGUUUCUCGGAAGCACCCAAGCCGUGCCCCCAGCUUGCUCUGUAGUUGCCAUGGCCAUCAUGGGCCUCUGCCUCGCCUCCUUCUGGGGCAACGGGUACAGAAUCAGAGACUUGCUGGCGUGCCUGGUCCCACGGACUGGUUCGCCCGCCAGUGCCUGAGGUAACUGCUCAUUUUAAUUUUGCGUAGUCCCAACCCGCCACGCCACAGGGAUAGUAUAGUUCAACUAUGGGGUAACAAGUAUAGCUGCAGAGAGUAUAGUUAAUUUAAAUAGAGGUUUUGGUUUGUUUUUUCUUGCUUUAUCCACACUUGAUAUUCUUUAUGUAUAGACUGUAGUGAUCUAAUUUUAUAUAGAAAUUGAUGGAGUAUAAGUUUCGACUUUCUCAA